GUCCAAUUAUUGUUGAUGUAAAGUGGACUUUUGUCAAUUUCUUGUUCAAUUUAUUGUUGAUGUAAAGUGGACAUUAUUUGUACUGUUGCAAAAUUUGUGUUGUGGUUGUGAUUUGUGGUGGAAGAUGAGACACCACUGACACUGACAGUGACAUCAUAGAGUUUAUGGUUCCAGAUGGGUAGAUAAGAAAUACAACAAUAAUAAUCCCAAUCAUGUCACAUCUUUGUUUAGAGAACCUGUCAACUGAAAUUCUUAUAAAAAUAUUUUCAUAUUUAGAUCUAAAUGAUUUAAUGCAACUACCAUACGUUUGCAAAAGGAUUAGGCAAAUUGUUCUAAAUUGGGAUAACUUACUUUUUAAACGAUUUCCCACACCUUUAGUGACAAACCAAUUCAGUGAUGAAUUUUUGGCUAGAUGUAACAGAAAACUAAGUAGUUUUGAAAAAGUAAGAAUUUCUCGUAAUUGGAUAGAAGCUAAAUAUACUGAAUCGCCAUUGCUAUUUUCCAAACGAAAAUUUCUACCUUAUCUUCAGCUAUCUAAGAAAUAUUUGUGGAUAAGUCGUGGAGGAGUCAUUUUUUGUUACAAGAGACGUUAUCGAAAUCUACAUGCAGCUAAUCCACACUAUGUUUUAUCACCUCCAGUUCAGCGCAGCAAGGCAGAUGUUGUUAAUUUUCACGUUAAGAAUAAUUUGAUAGUAGCAGGGAUGAGGGAUGGAUCACUCUGGAUGAAAGACUUACAAGAUAGAUAUAGCAAAAUAUUUAUGCUAAAAAUAUAUCAUCAGGAUGAUGUGCACUCCGUAGCCCUAAAUAACAGCUGUAGCUUAUUGGCGUCUGGGGCUAGAGGAGGUGAUGUAAUUGUUUCGAAAGUUGAACCUAGUGUUACUCCCCAAAAUAUAAAUAAAGUACUUUCGUGGUCAUAUCACGAUGUAAUUUGGAAAGUUGGAUUUUCAGUGGAAAACAAAUUAGCAAUUGGUACAGCGGGUCGCCAUUACUACAGUUAUCUCUAUAUUCGCAAUGUAGACAGGACUGACGUAGAAGAACUUGUCUUAUCUUAUCAGUCAGUAAAAGAAGGAAUCCAUGAUAUAAUAUGGGAUGGACCGCAUAAGAUAUGGACGUGUGGUUAUGAUUCUAAUAUCAGAAUGUGGGACCUUAGGACAGGGAAAUUCGAGCGGUGUUUUUUCGAUCCAUGUGCGACUUGCUUGUACUGUAUGGAUUAUGAUUUCCAUAAUACUCUUAUAGCUGGAGCUCAAGUGCAUGGUAGAUGCACCUUGUGGGAUAUCAGGAAAGGUGCUGCAGCCCAGAUGUACUUCAUGGACUCAUCACAGAAGAAAUUUAACAAAAGUAGUCCAGUUUAUAGUUUGGCGUUCGACGCAGAGUCGCUUUUUGCAGUAACAGAUCAGAACUUGCAUGUACUCGACUUUUCGGCAUAUAAGGCACCCUCGCAUGACUAUUCAUUUUUCUUAAAAAUCUAACCUAACCUAAAUGCCGUCUUUAUAAUAGAAAAAGUUGUACAAAGGCAAAUUUUUAUUCAAGACUGAUUCUUAGUAUAUUUUUUUACUAUAAUGACAUUCAUAUUAGUAUUUAAGAUCAAAUAUCGUGUUGUUUGCCAUAAUUUAAAAAUCUUUUCUUAUUGGCCUUUAUCAAAUCCUGAAUAAAAUUUAUCUUUAUAAUAAUUUCGAGCCCGUUCAAUAUUCAGCAUCUGCAGUAAGUACUAUACCACAAGUAAAACACGAUAAAGAUGAAAUAAUAAUGAACAUAAAAUUAAAUAAAUAAAUCCUUUAUUUUCUUUUAGACAAACAGUCUGUAUAUAAUCGGUCAAUGGGAAUGGUCUGUAAAUAAUAAAUAAAUAAAUAUGUUGUUAUUGGCCUA